AUGACCAGGCCUGGAGAGAAGACAUUCAAGCAGCUGUGGCGUGACCUAUGUAAGGAAGGCUGGAUAGCGCGCAAGCCCUCGGGAAUGGCUCCAAGUGUAUCCGCUGUGCGUGCACCUGCAAGAGGUCCGAUUGGGAAGGAAGCCUCAUACACAGCUAUUGAACAACAACCACCUAGCGUCUCAGUACCAGUUAAAGCAGCUUCGAGACCAUCUUCUCCAUUACCGGUUGUGAUAGCUAGACCAGAGCCAUUUAAGUGUAGUGCCGCGGCUCCAAGUCUUCACGGAGAGACAAAUGUGACAACUGAGGCGGCUGUGAGCGCUUCAAAGAUGGUGCAAGCUUCUACAACGGAUGAUACAGAGCAAGUUGAUGUGGGUGGUACCGCUAUUCCGGAUGAUACGGAGCUACCACGCGGAGCUACCACGCGGAGCAAUGAGGUCCAUGAAGAUGAAGGGAAGAGCGACUGCGAGGAGGUGCAAGAUCGUGUUGAUUUCGACGUGUUUGAUAGCGACAGCUUCGUGAAAGGUCUCAGGCAACCUCCAGCUCGACGCUGCCACUGUCUGCGAUGA